UAUCAUCUUCCUGUGAACAUAGGCACUACUGUGUUUGAGCUGAGAAGAAGAAGCCAUGGUAGCUCUGAGCUGCCAGUUUCAACCUCUUGUCUGCAAGAGUUAUCGCAGCAAUCGUAGAACUAGACCUUCUGCCUUUUGCUCAAUGCAACCGUCUCAGAACAACAUCAAGGUCAUUAUAAAUGGAGCUGCAAAGGAAAUAGGAAGGGCUGCAGUGAUUGCAGUGACCAGAGCUCGAGGGAUGGAGGUUGCCGGGGCAGUGGAUUCGUAUCUUGUAGGAGAAGAUAUUGGGAAUGUAUGUGACAUGGCGGAGCCGCUGGAGAUACCGAUAACGAAUGAUCUGACCAUGGUCUUAGGUUCCAUAUCACAGUCUAAAGCAACAGGAGUAGUUGUGGAUUUUACUGACCCUUCCAAAGUUUAUGACAAUGUGAAGCAGGCAACAGCAUUUGGGAUGAGAAGUGUGGUUUAUGUGCCAAAGAUUAAGUUAGAUACAGUAUCAGCAUUAUCUGCAUUCUGUGAGAAAGCCAGCAUGGGUUGUCUUGUCGCACCGACUCUGUCUAUUGGAUCUAUACUCCUCCAACAAGCUGCGAUUUCAGCUUCCUUUCACUUUAACAAUGUAGAAAUUGUAGAAUCAAGAGCUAACGCAACGGAUCUUCCAUCAUCAGAUGCGACCCAAAUUGCCAACAACCUCUCUAACCUUGGCCAGAUAUAUAACAGAGAAGACAUUUCAACAGAUGUUAAGGCAAGGGGUCAAGUUCUGGGUGAAGAUGGAGUUCGUGUGCAUAGUUUAGUCCUUCCUGGGCUCCCCUCCAGUACAACAGUCUACUUUUCUCGCCCAGGAGAGGUUUACACUCUGAAACACGAUAUCACAGAUGUGCAAAGUCUCAUGCCAGGCCUUAUCUUAGCUAUCAGAAAGAUUGUUCGCAUCAAGAGCCUGGUGUAUGGCUUAGAGAAACUUCUAUAA